CUCGGGUCUCUGACUAUAUAGCUGCUCAAGAUGGUCGCAGAUAGGGUCUGCUGCCGGUUGGAAUCACCACUCCUCCAGAGCGACAUCCCAGAGGCUAUCUCUUUCACGUGAUCUCUGGCAACCCCAUCCUCCAUGAACAGUCUUAUUCGAGAUGCUCCACUGGGGCAAGUGAUUCGAUGGGUGACCAAGAAGAAGUAUUUCAAGUAUCCCGAAGAAGAGGCCGAUUUUGUGUUCCCCCCCGACUACCUGCAAGGUCUCGCACGACUCGGCGUGCCUGGGGUAAAAGCCCCAGAGGCCCUCCGACCUCAACAAAGUGAACAUAGCAGCUCGAUCUUCCAGGACCAACUCGCAGAGCAAGACCCGGAGAAACUGAUGGAUACACCUUUUUCGAAUGACAAAAGCGAGGCCGACACACUCCCACCGGACUUCGUGAUGGUGGACUGGUAUGGGCCGGACGACCCCGCCAACCCCCAGAACUGGACCCAAUCGAAGAAAACGUUUGUGGGGUUCACCAUGUUCUUGUACACCUUCAUUGUCUAUGCGGGGUCGGCAAUCUAUGUCUCGUCGGAGGAAGGGAUUUCCAAGGAAUUCGGCGUGUCGACAACGGCGUCUGCGCUGGGACUGUCGCUGUAUGUGUUAGGGUACGGUGUGGGGCCCCUGUUCUUCUCGCCCUUGUCGGAGGUUCCCUCCAUUGGGCGAUCCCCGGUGUAUUGCAUUACCAUGUUCCUGUUUGUGAUCAUCUCGAUUCCGCUUCCCCUGGUGCAUAACUUUGGAGGCCUGCUUGUGCUUCGCUUCUUGCAGGGCUUCUUCGGGAGCCCUUGUUUGGCCACGGGAGGCGCCACGAUGCAAGACAUCUACUCCUUGCUCUACUUGCCUUUCGCGCUGAGUGCCUGGGUCGCGGCAGCAUACUGCGGACCCGCACUCGGCCCGCUCAUCUCCGGGUUUGCCGUCUCCGCGAUGGGGUGGAGAUGGUCGCUGUGGGAAAUUCUGUGGGGCGCCGGCCCCGUCUUUGGCCUCAUGUUCCUGCUGCUCCCCGAGACCUCCGCCCCGACCCUGCUGCACCAACGCGCACGACGUCUGCGCAAGCUGAUCGGAUCCAACCACCUCAAAUCGCAGUCAGAGAUCAUCCAAGCCCAGCUGAAACCGUCCGCGAUCCUCAUCGACGCGAUCAUCAAGCCCAUCGAGAUCACCAUCAAAGAUCCCGCCAUCCUCUUCGUCCAAGUCUACACCGCCAUAGUGUAUAGCAUCUACUACUCUUUCUUCGAAGUCUUCCCCCUCGUCUACCCCCUGCUCUACAACUUCACCCUGGGCACCAUCGGCCUCGUCUUCCUCUGCGUGCUCGUCGCUUGCCUCCUCGCCAUCGCCAUCUACUUCGCCUACCUCCUCUACAUUCUCAUCCCGCAGCUCCUGCGCGGCGUGCCCCUGACCCAAGAGAGCCGACUCGUCCCUGCCCUGAUCGGGUGCUUUGGGCCCCCCGUCGGCUUGUUCCUGUUCGGCUGGACCGCCAACGGCCACAUCCACUGGAUCGUGCCCACCAUCGGCAUCACCAUCUACAGCAGCUCGGCGUUCAUCGUGCUGCAGUGCGUGUUUGUCUACGUGCCCAUGUCAUACCCGGCUUACGCGGCGUCGCUGUUCGCGGCGAAUGAUUUCUUUCGGUCCGCGAUGGCGUGCGGGUCGAUCCUGUAUGCGCGCCCCCUGUUCUUGAAUCUCGGGAUCGGGAAGGGGGUGAGUCUGUUGGGCGGGUUGAGUACCUUGGGGGUGAUUGGGAUUUUUGUGCUGUAUUUGUAUGGGGCGCGGUUGAGGGCGAAGUCGAAGUUUGCGGUUUCAUGAUUGAAAGGUGGUGCGGGAGGCAUAGUGCGAAAAGUAAUGGUUGUGGUGGGGGGUAAAGUGGUUGGGAUUUAUUUCUAUGUCUGUCUGUC